UGUUAAUGUACCGGGGGGAGGCUCUAGAAGAUUUUACAGGCCCCGAUUGUCGUUUCGUGAGUUUUAAAAAAGGCGACCCCGUAUAUGUCUACUAUAAACUGGCGGGAAGACCGCCUGAAGUUUGGGCUGGAAGUGUUGGACGUAUUUUUGGAUAUUUUCCAAAGGAUUUAAUCAAAGUAGUCCAUAAAUAUACUGAAGAGGAACUACGGGUUCCAGCAGAUGAGACAGAUUUUGUUUGUUUUGAUGGGGGAAGAGAUGAUUUUGAUAAUUACAACGUAGAAGAACUUUUAGGAUUUUUGGAAUUGUACAACUCUGCAACUGGAGAGCCCGAGAAAGCUAUAGAAAAAAUUCAGCAUGAGGACACACCACCUGAAGCAGUUGAUGAAAGUGACCUUGAACCUGAACUUGAACCUGAAGCAGUAGAAUUUAACUUUGAGGAGAGUGAAAGUAUACUCUCAGAAACCUCUCAGGAACUCAGGGGAAGAUCUGGGGCUCAGAAGACCCACCCUCACAUACACAGUCAAGCAGAUCAUGCUCAGGGAGACCAACCUGCAUUUGAACCUUUUGAGGAUGUGCUACAAGAUAAACUAAAAGUGCCGGAAAGUGAAAGCAACAAAACCAACAAUGGGUCUCAGUUCUCCAGUGAACAGGAGAAGAUUGAUGCUUAUAAGCUUUUGAAAACAGAAAUGACUCUGGACUUAAAAACCAAAUUUGGCUCGACUGCUGAUGCCCUGGUCUCCGAUGACGAGACCACCAGGCUUGUUACUUCAUUGGAAGAUGACUUCGACGAGGAGUUGGAUAUGGAGUAUUACACAGUUGGCAAGGAAGACGAGGAGGAUGAAGAAAGCUUCGGUGAGCUGCCGUUACUGACCUUCACACAUGCUGGGGAAGACGUGAAGACGCCAGGGAAGUCUGGAGUUCAGAAAUACCCAACAGAGACAGGGCAGAAUUCAAAGGAAAAGGAGAAGGCUGAGGUGACUCAGCCCCCCGGCAUCAAAAACUAUGAUCAAGAUCUACUGACAACCUGGGAAGAUAGUAUCUUAUUCACCGAAGGUGACAGACGACCAGGUGUGGCCGGAGGGAGUUCUGAUCCAGAGGAAGGAAAGGAAGGUGGUGAUGUAUUCAAACCACAGUUGGCAGCGGAUUCCACUGACCUUAAAAAGGCAGAAGAUGGGCUUUUGAUUCUAGAGGCCCCUAACACAAGUAAUGACAGAGACCCGGAAAUUCACUUUGCAGGACAUGGGAGGAACGUCGGGGAAUCCGAGAAGGGCCUGGCUCGGGCAGAGAUGGGGCUGGAGGGGAGGCGGGAAGGCACAGAGGCACCUGGUGCCACUCAAAGCAGUGACCUCGGCUCGCUGCCAGCUGCCGAAAAGGGGAAAGAAGGGUCGGAAUUGGCUUUUGAUAACAAAGAAAAUGACGUAGAAGGAGCAGCUGUUCAUAUUUCAAAAGAAAUGCUCCACGAAGAAAAGCCCACAGAGCGGAUUUCAGAAGGUGGCUUGGAGCGCGAGGCGGAACCUGCAGCUCCAGGGGGUCAGGCGACCGGAGGAAAGACUGAGCAGGACUCCAUGGGCAUCGCCCCGCCGUCCAGAGGCAACCAGCAUAACGCCUCUGAAGACGGUGUGGGAGAAGCAAACGUUGUGGUCGGUGGACCAGAGCCACACACGGUCUCGGUGGAGCCUCCACACGCUGACUCUAAAGAGGAAUGGCAUCUCAAGACUGACAGUCAACCUAGGCCCUCCCCUCCGGACGAAGUUGGUUUGCCAGGAGCCCCAGAAGAAGAGGGGUCCCUUGCCGGGAGAAAUCUUUCCUGGCCACAAGGAGAAGAGACGGCCCUGGCACACAAUGGGCAGGUGGAUGGGAGGGUCCAAGAGGGCUCCUCAGGCAAGCACCUGGCUCCUCAGAGGCCCGCGGAGGGCACGCCAGAAGUGGAGACGGGAGUCCAGGUGGACAACCCAGAAGGGCCCGGUUUCCACCCCGAGAAGACACAGGAAGCAGAAGAUGAUUACAGCCCUGAAGAACUCCUGGAGGAUGAAAAUGCUCUAAGUGCAAAACAAGCUAAAGAGAAAAGCCCUGGGAUUCAGGGCGGGCGGUUGGGUGUCAGCCCCCAGGCGCCCGCAGGGGCUGCAUUGGGCUCCACUAACACUGAGGCAGAGGCACAAGGAAACAAAGAAGCAGCUAGUAAUAUUGUGGAAAUGGAAGGAAAAAGUGAAACUCUGGGCAAAGAGGCAGACCCUGGGGCCAGGGAAAUGGGCAGUGGGGCAGUGGGAAAAGAAAGCCCUCUCGUGGGUCAGAAAGCCCGGAGACCACCUGAGGUUAGUGACCCUCCUGACCAAAAAAUGCAGACUCCAGAGUUAGGAGAAGUGUCUGAGAAUCAAGAUUCUGAUUCUUUUCAAGAAGACGGCCGUGAGGAACACCUGCAGAGCUCCAGGCCUCCCGGGAAGCCCGGGAUGGAGGGACUCGCAGAAGAGGGCCGGGAGGACUUGCAGAGAGCGGUGGACACGGGGGGCCGGGGCUCUGCCGAUGGGGGGCACGAGGGUGACCUGCCGCAGGGGGCUGCACACGGGGACCCUGUGAAGGACUUGCCUGUGAUCGGCAGCUUCUUUAAGGACCAGCAGUCCCUGGAGCGGUUCCAGAAGUACUUCGACGUCCGUGAGCUGGAAGCCAUGUUCCUCGAAAUGUCACUAAAGCUGAAGUCCGCGCAGCGGGAGAGCCUGCCCUACAACGUGGAAAAGGUCCUAGACAAGGUCUUCCGUGCGUCUGAGUCCCAGAUUCUGAGCAUAGCAGAGAAGAUGCUGGACGCCCGUGUGGCCGAAAACAGAGAGCUGGGCACCAGGGAAGAUCACGUAUUUGAAGAGGCGGCGGUCCUGGACGAUAUUCAAGACCUGAUCUACUUUGUCCGGUACAAACACUCUGCCCUGGAGGAGACGGCGCCGCUGGCCAUGGCACAGCCCUCAGAGGAAGGCUGGGCUGGCGCAGCGGAAGGGAUAGAACCACCCCUUGAAGAUAAUUUCCCACAAGAUCACACAGAAGACCUUAAGACACAGAUUCCCAAAGAGCCCAUCCAGUUGGAUCAACAUGGUACUGGUGACAGGCAUGGCUCAGAGGUGUCACAGAAGCCGAAUACUGAGAAAGACAUAGACCCAGGGAUAAUUAUAACAGAAAGGAGUCCUGUUGAUGCUGUUGAUGUAGAAAAGCAACUAGAAACAAACGCUGAAGAGCCAGCAAGUGUCCCACCCUUGGAAAACGCGAUUCUUGGAAUAUAUUCAUUCAUAACUUACUUAACUACGGCGUUAGUUGCUACACUGCCCAAUGAUGUUCAGCCUGGGCCUGAUUUUUAUGGAUUGCCGUGGAAGCCUGUGCUUAUCACUGCCUUCUUGGGACUUGUUUCAUUUGCCAUUUUCUUCUGGAGAACUGUUCUCGCUGUAAAGGAUAGAGUAUAUCAAGUCACUGAACAGCAGAUUUCUGAGAAGUUGAAGAAUAUCAUGAAAGAAAAUGCAGAACUUGUACAAAAGUUGUCAAAUUAUGAACAGAAGAUCAAGGAGUCCAAGAAACAUGUUCAGGAAACCAAGAAACAGAAUAUGAUUCUGUCGGAUGAAGCAGUUAAAUUCAAGGAUAAAAUCAAGAAACUUGAAGAAACGAAUGAAAUUCUGGGUGACACAGCUAAAAAUCUGCGUGUUAUGUUAGAAUCCGAGAGAGAACAGAAUGCAAAGAAUCAGGACUUGAUUCUGGAAAACAAGAAGUCUAUUGAGAAGUUGAAGGAUGUUAUUUCAGUGAAUGCCUCCGAAUUUUCAGAGGUUCAGAUUGCUCUUAAUGAGGCUAAACUUAGCGAAGAGAAGGUGAAGUCUGAAUGCCAUCGGGUUCAAGAAGAAAAUGCUAGGCUUAAGAAGAAGAAAGAGCAGUUGCAGCAAGAAAUCAAAGAUUGGAGUAAAUCACAUGCUGAGCUCAGUGAGCAAAUUAAAUCAUUUGAGAAGUCUCAGAAAAAUUUGGAAGUAGCUCUUACUCACAAAGAUGAUAAUAUUAACGCUUUGACUAAUUGCAUUACACAGUUGAAUCGGUUAGAUUGUGAAUCUGAAUCUGAGGGUCAGAAUAAAGGAGGAAAUGAUGUGGAUGAAAUUGCAAAUGGAGAAGUGGGAGGUGACCGGAGUGAGAAGAUGAAAACUCAAAUUAAGCAGAUGAUGGACGUUUCUCGGACACAAACUGCAAUAUCAGUAGUUGAAGAGGAUCUAAAACUUCUACAGUUUAAGCUUAGGGCCUCGAUGUCUACUAAAUGCAACCUGGAAGAGCAGAUAAAGAGAUUGGAAGAUGAGCGCAGUUCGCUGCAGUCAGCCAAAGCCGGCCUGGAAGGCGAAUGCCAGACCCUGAGGCAGAAGGUGGAGAUUCUGAACGAGCUGUACCAGCAGAAGGAGUCGGCUCUGCAGAAGAAACUGAGUCAGGAGGAGUUUGAGCGGCAAGACCGAGAGCAGCGGCUGUCGGCUGCGGAUGAAAAGGCGCUUUUGGCUGCAGAGGAAGUAAAAACGUACAAGCGCAGAAUUCAAGAAAUGGAGGACGAAUUACAGAAAACCGAGCGCUCAUUCAAAAACCAGAUUGCUACUCAUGAGAAGAAAGCUCAUGAUAACUGGCUCAAGGCUCGCGCUGCAGAGAGAGCGAUAGCAGAGGAGAAGAGGGAAGCCGCCAACUUGAGACACAAGUUAUUGGAAUUAACCCAGAAGAUGGCAAUGCUUCAGGAAGAGCCUGUGAUCGUGAAGCCGCGGCCGGGAAGACCCAGCACCCAGAACCCCCCGUGGAGAGGUCCUCUGAGCCAGAACGGCUCUUUCGGUCCCUCUCCGGUGAGUGGGGGGGAAUGCUCCCCGCCCCCGACGGCCGACCCGCCCGCCAGACCGCUCUCCGCAACCCUCAGCCGAAGAGACAUGCCUAGAAGCGAAUUCGGAUCGGUGGAUGGGCCUCCACCGCGUCCCCGAUGGUCAUCUGAGGCGUCCGGGAAACCCUCUGCCUCGGCAGAUCCAGGACCUGGCGUGGCUCCCAUGAUGAACAGCGGCUCGAGAAGCUCCUCCCCGGCUAAGGGGACGGAGGACGGCAAGCAAACUGUUUCCCAAGACCCCGAAGGCCCCUCAGCUCCCAGCAUUCCACCUGUGGCUGAGCAGUCAGCAGUAGUUCCUAUGGCUGCAAAAGGGCCGCCUCCUUUCCCAGGGGUGCCCCUCAUGAGCUCACCCGUGGGAGGCCCUCUCCCGCCCCCCACUCGGUACGGACCCCCGCCUCAGCUCUGCGGGCCUUUUGGGCCUCGGCCACUGCCUCCGCCAUUCGGUCCUGGCUUCCGCCCACCACUAGGCUUAAGAGAAUACGCACCGGGCAUUCCACCUGGGAAACGGGACCUGCCUCUGGACCCCCGAGAAUUUUUACCAGGACACACGCCUUUUAGACCUUUAGGCUCUCUUGGCCCAAGAGAGUACUUUAUUCCCGGUGCCCGACUACCGCCCCCACCCCACGGCCCCCAGGAUUAUCCGCCUCCGCCUGCUGCAAGAGACUUCCUGCCUUCCGGCUCCGGAGACGAGCCCGCGCCCGCCUCCCAGAGCGGCAGCCGGGACUGCUCACAGGCUUUAAAACAGAGCCCGUAACUGUGACCGCCGUGCAGUCAGAGAGAGUGGGCACAUUCGUGACAUAAAGGAUUUCAUUGGCUUCAAAAUCCAAAAGUUUAUUUUAAAAGGUUUGUUUUUAGAACUAAGCUGCCCUGGCAGUGUGCAUUUUUGAGCCAAACAAUUGAAAAAUACCAUUUCUCUCCCUAAAUAAAUACCACCUCAUAAGCUAGAGCCUUCUGACAACCUUGAAAUGUGCAAUAAAGAAUACCUGUGUUCUAGUUAACGUAGCGCGUAACUGCUCAAUGAUUUAGAGUGUCCUGAGAAAUAUGAACAUUUCCUGUGGAAAUGCUAGAACGUGUAUUUCCAUUUAUUACCCUGUUUUUAGUGUACACCAGCUGAAUACAGAGCAAUGGUGUUUAUAAGCUUGGUUUUUUAAAAUAUCUGGUCGCAAAGACUGUUACACUAAAAAUGUUUACUAAAAGAUCAUUAACUUUAUCUCCCUUCUUGAAGUUCUUUGUAGUAAUAGUUCAUAAAAAUUUGUUUAAUUAGCA